CUGAGGGACAGAGCUCGAGUGUUGUUUUGAAUUUGCUAGAAGACACCGACAGGAGGGGGGGUAGGGUCUGUGGAUAAGAUGGCGGAUGUAGAAGGCGAUGAAACUCGUUCGGCUCUCCCUUCGGCAUCCCGUAACGGUCCGGUUGUCGGUUCGUCGGCGGGCACCACGGGCCAAAUCGUAGCUACGGCAACAUCGGGUCCACGGGUGGUGAGGAUUGUCAAGUCGGAGUCCGGCUACGGGUUCAAUGUUCGCGGUCAAGUUAGUGAAGGAGGACAGCUCCGGAGCAUCAACGGGGAACUGUACGCUCCUCUUCAGCAUGUUAGCGCUGUUUUGCCCGGAGGUGCGGCGGACCGAGCUGGGAUAGCAAAGGGUGACCGGAUCCUGGAGGUUAAUGGGGUGAGCGUGGAAGGUGCCACCCAUAAGCAGGUAGUGGACCUGAUCCGUGCAGGGGAGAAGGAGCUGGUUCUGGCUGUGCUCUCUGUUCCACCUCAGGAGGCUGAUGGAUUGGAAGGAGUAGAGGAUGUCCAACCCAACUAUGACUACAGUGACAAGCAGGCUGUGCCCAUUUCAAUUCCCACAUAUAAACAUGUAGAGCAGCACUCGGAGAGGUUUGUGGUGUACAAUGUGUACAUGUCAGGUAGACAGCUGUGCUCAAAGCGAUACCGAGAGUUUGCCAUCCUGCACCAGAACCUAAAGAGGGAGUUUUCCAACUUCAACUUCCCAAAGCUUCCUGGGAAAUGGCCCUUCUCCCUCUCUGAGCAGCAGCUGGAUGCUCGCCGUAGAGGCCUGGAAGAGUAUCUUGAGCGAGUUUGCUCUGUGCGGGUGAUCGGGGAGAGUGACAUCAUGCAGGAGUUUCUCUCUGAAUCAGAUGAGAACUACAAUGGAGUAACGGAUGUAGAACUGCGCAUAGCCCUGCCAGACAAGACCACCAUCUCUGUCAGAGUCCGUAAGAACAGCACAACAGACCAGGUGUACCAGGCAUUAGUGAUGAAGGUUGGAAUGGACAGUAUUAUGGCGAGCUACUUUGCCCUUUUUGAAGUCAUCAACCACUCCUUUGUACGAAAGCUGGCACCUAAUGAGUUUCCCCACAAGCUUUAUGUGCAGAACUACACAUCGGCAGUGCCGGGGACUUGCUUGGCGCUUCGCAAAUGGUUGUUCAGCUUCCAGGAGGAGGAGUUGCUCAGAGACAACCCGCUGGCACUGCACUACUGCUUUCACCAGGCACUGGAUGAUGUGAAGAAGGGAUUCAUAAAAACGGAGGACAAAUCCUACCAGCUGCAGAAACUGGCAGAGCAGCGCAAGAUGGCCACGUACCUGAGCCUGUUGCGGACAUGUGAGGGCUACAAUGAGGUGAUGUUCCCCCACUGCUCCUGCGACUCCAGGAGGAAGGGUCAUGUCAUCACGGCUAUCAGCAUCCAUCACUUCAAGCUGCACGCUUGCACUGAGGACGGCACGCUGGAGAACCAGGUGAUAGCUUUUGAGUGGGGGGAGAUGCAGCGUUGGGACACUGACGAGGAGGGGAUGGCCUUCUGCUUUGAGUACGCCAGAGGGGAGAAGAAACCUCGCUGGGUCAAGAUCUUCACUCCAUAUUUUAACUACAUGCACGAGUGCUUUGAGCGGGUCUUUUGUGAGCUGAAGUGGAGGAAACAGGUUGAGGAAGAGGCAUCUGACAAAGACAACAAAAACUGCAGUAACAAUGAGUUUCUGCCUCCUCUUGAGACACAGCAGAAGGGAUGGCGCCACCUAGGGGGGGAGAUUGCAACUUCCUAAAACCAUUGGUCAUCACUCGAACUAGAACUGGUCCACUUGCAUCAUCACAGCCACCCCUGAGAGUGCCCAUCAACAAACACAGAACUGAGUGACAGACUGAGGCGAUCCAUGCCCCGAAAACAAACUGGAAGUGACCAAUUUGGGAAAUUGGAAUUGUCACACCUAACCAAACCCAGGGAUACACACAGCAAGAAGAGCAAUGAAGGAAAAUCAACAAAAGCCAACUUUCAUGUCAUUUACUAGAUCUCCAUAGUUUGUCUGUUGUUUUCCUCCAUACAUCUGCCCUGUGAUGUGGGCAGGACACAAGCAAAUUCUCGCCACUGGUUGAGAUGUAAUACAUAUCUACAGUGUGUGAUUGGUCAGAGUUACCACAGCGCUGCAACACGGUUUGCGCAAAGGGAGCACCUCGACGAAAUGCCACUUUACGAGGGGGUGGGAUCCUGACGGUCGGGCCUCCCAACACGAUCGACUCAGCCUGAAGCCCUCAGCGUGGCCCUCGUCUGCUGAACUGAGCUAUGACGAAGGAGAUGAAAAUAAGAAGGGAGGGAUGCAGAAAAACGGCAGGUUUCACUUCUUUCAGUUAGUGAGAAAGAAAGAAAGCAAAAUCAUGCUUUACACUGAUGCUGGACAUUAACCCAGAAUUGAUGUUUUCUAUCUGAGGUCAGAAGUGUUCUGUCUUUGUCAGAAAACAUAAGUGACGCAAAUGUAACUUACUGAAAACGAACGUGAGGGGACAUGUUCAUAAUUAUGUGUAUGUUUAACAAUCUUACUUCUGAUAAAAUAUAGAUUAAUAUAAGUCCUAUAAUAAUUGGUUUCUUGAUCUAACACAAUGAAACACUAACUUAAUUGCAUUCAGACUGCUUUUACUAAUCUCCAUUUACCACGAUGUCUUCUGUUCUAACCCACUCUACUUCAGAACGACGUCUGUUGGCAGUCGACCAUUCAAGUCAGUAUGGGUCUUUAUCCCCCUUGCAAGUGUUUUAUUGUGGUGAUUUUGCAGAGCUUGGGAGCUGAAAGGAUGAGGCUUUCUCAUUCUCAGCUCUGUGCAGGAAUAAUCUGUUGAACAAAGGGUUGAUGGGCCAAAGUUUUGAUGUCUUUGAAAUGUCACAUGUUCUUCACGAGGAAUCUGAUCAACAGAUUAUGAAUAUUAUUAGGACAGGACAGGAGAGUUUUAAGGGUCUGGUAAGCUGCUGUUUUCUGAACAGACAGCAGGGGGCAGCAGAGUGUAAGACACGUGAAGUUGUAGAUUUUGAAGGAAAAAAAAUCUUCUCAGAGCCUCUUAAAAGAGUGAUCCCUCGGGCUCUGUAACUCACCCAAAAGUAUCCUUCCUCUGCAGUUUGUCCAUUAACCACGUCAGGAGGACAGAUGGUGUGUGUGUGUGUGUGCUAUACAGAGAGUAGAUGGUGCAUGAAGUUGUGUGACUGCAACCACAGCCAUCAGCAUACAUAGCAAUGCAGACAGCCGUCUGCCUCUUACUGAACCUAAAUUGAUACAGUAUUAGUUGUGUGUAUGCACAUAACGUGAUUAUACGAAAGUUUUAUGAUUUACACUGAUUUGAUUUGUUUUGUUUUGAAGCAGCAUUUCAAUUUUUUUCAUACAACAAUAACAGGUUUACUUGUGUUUUUUGUUUUUCUUGCCUGAAUGGAGACAGUGCGCGUUAAUGAACUGAUUUCACGUAAGUGUGAGUGAGAGAUAGAGUUUCGUUUAUCCCAGUAAGGGCUAGAAGUUUAUCUCAGCCGAUUCAUUACUGACUUGUUCUUGUCCUUCACUCGCUGUCUGGCAGCAACCAAAAACCUGAAACCGAGAGCGACGUUUCUUUCUUACUAACUCUGACUUGUAGAGCAGGUUCAAGUUUUUUGGGUUUUUUUUUUUUUUUUUUUAACAGUUGAUCUUAGAUUUUGGUUCAACAAAAUGUGUAUUUCAUGACUAGGUUUAGUCAUAAUUUGUUUUCGGUCAGUUGCCUUGGAGCAGUGUGUGCAUGUGUGCUGGGUUUGUGUGUGUCCUCUAUGUUUAUCAUUGACAUUGCUGAUAAGCUUUUAGGCUCUGAUUGGACGUGUCUGAUGAGCUGUCUGUGUGAGAGCCGGCAAAUGAAGAUGGGAUUUUGUAUCCGUACGACAGCGGAGACACCAGACAGAUGGAGACAAAUGGGAGGCGUCUCCUAUUGUCUAGCUAAUAUUCACAACCACUCACAUGCUUUUUCAGCAUAACACACACACACACACA